UAAACAAUUUCAAUUUUAAACCUUUUCCUUUAGAGUAGUAUCGAACACAUUAAGUUAAAAUGGCUAAUCUUAGAACUCAAAAAAGACUUGCUGCCAGUGUUGUUGGUGUUGGUAAGAGAAAGGUCUGGUUAGAUCCAAAUGAAACCACUGAAAUCGCUAAUGCUAACUCCAGAGCUGCCAUUAGAAAAUUAUACAGAAAUGGUACCAUUGUUAAAAAACCAGAUACUGUCCACUCCAGAUCUAGAGCUAGAGCUUUAUUAGAAUCAAAGAGAGCCGGUAGACACAUGGGUUACGGUAAGAGAAAGGGUACCAAGGAUGCUCGUAUGCCUUCUCAAGUUUUAUGGAUGAGAAGAUUAAGAGUCUUAAGAAGAUUAUUAGCUAAAUAUAGAGAUGCUGGUAAAAUCGAUAAACAUUUAUACCACUCCUUAUAUAAAUCCGCCAAAGGUAACACCUUCAAACACAAGAGAUCUUUAGUUGAACACAUUAUUGCUGCCAAGGCUGAAGCUUUACGUGAAAAGGCCCUUAAGGAAGAAGCCGAAGCUAGAAGAUUAAGAAACAGAGAAGCUCGUGCUAGAAGAGCACAAAGAAUUGCUGACAAGAAAGAUGCUUUCUUAGCUGAAAACUAAAUUUAGCAUUUAGAAAUUCUAAACCUCCUCAAUCACAACCCCCCAUCCCAACACACGUCUGUAAACCAAAUCUUUAAAAAAAUAGUUAUAUAUACAUAAAAUUAAUAAUAUAAAUUAUCUUUUGUUAUAUUUGCUUAUUUUUAAUUUGUAUGAUCCCAUUGAUCAUUCUUCUUGUUUAUACGUUAUAUAAUGAUUAUAAUAAAAUAACAAUAACAAUAAUCCUUUUAGA